CACAGGUUACGGCUGGUCUCUCAGCAAAAGUUGCACGUGGUGUUCGCCGUGGCGGGAUGAAGAUUGGCCGCGCCACUGGGAUUUCGAAGUUAAGACCGCCUUGCGUGUUGAGAGUAAUGGUACUAGAAUCAGAGUUUGAUUUAGGUCCAUCCUUUUGCUUGUGAGGUGAUCUAGACGAGGUGCCUUUUCUUACGAGAAAUGAAUAGAUUGAUAGAUCGAGGACUUUUUUCUAAGACCACUAGAACUAAAAGUAUCUGUUUUUGCCUUCUAACCACUCCUUUCGAACUGAUGCAAGCUUUGUGCGGUGGCGGCGACCGCAGCUUCGGAAGAAUGAUGGGUUUGCAUCCCUGCAAAUCUCUUUAAGGCUACCGUUGAAACAUCCUCAGCGCCAUCCUGCCUUAACCUCGUUUUCUUUCCUUAACCUUAUAAGGGGAAAGGGGCUCAAGGAUUGGCUCAGGGAUGCGACGCGGUAGCUCUAAUCUUUGGAGGAAAAGAGUUGUAACCUAGUCGGGGCAAUGUGUGGACAAGUACUGAAGAUGCAUUUUCCUCAGAUGGCCGAUGGGACGAGGGCUCGCGUAGGGAAGAAAUGUAAUACAGCGGAUAUCAACAUUGAUAAGCCAAAUCCUCUGGGGAAAAGCAUGGACAAUUGCAAUGCGAGAAUGGUCGAUAUGCCGUAUCUGAUGCGCAACAAGAUCGCAGACAUGCAAGGGAGCGCUAUUGGGGUAAAUUAUAAGUAUAUGAUUAUUCUUUGACUUUGUAGAAUUUAUCUUUUUCAUCUGACGCACUCACACUUUCUUCAUCACACCAACACGUUUGUUCCCUUGUUCUGCAGCAUGAAGUUACGAUCUCAAGAAGGGUCCUCGUACUUUAUGCUCGUCACAAAUUUUCGCAUCCAUCCCCAUCCCGCUCAGGUCUUCAAAAACAAUUUCUACCUGAACAAAGCCUUGAAUACGAUCUUGGGUACUUCGUGGCCUGCCGACGCACCUCCAACGAUGACCGUCUGGGGAACUUCAAUCCACGGAAAGACCGGCUCUUGGUCCAUGGAUAGCGGCACCGAGUACAUCUACGACCAUAUUUAUCGGAUUCCUCAAGUCGCGCGUGGGUUUCCUCCACCAAAUCUGGUACGGUAUGUUCCCGGUAGUAUCAAAAAAAUGGUCGGCGAAUUGGAAGACGUCUAUCUGGGAAGAGAUGACACAUAUGUUAUGGCCGCUGUGAUUGUCGUUUUUCUAUACUAGAGCAGUUUAUAGGGGUGCCAGAUCCGGGAUGGGAUGGAUCGGAUGGAACGGAUGGACUUUCCACCAUUUCAAGCAGGAUCGGAAGAAUCAGGGGGGUCCAUCCGAUCCAUCCGAUCCAUCCGAUCCAUCCAAGUCCAUCCUACACCCGUUCUAUAAACUACUCUACUAUACCUAGACUUUUUACUAAUACUAGAUAGUGAUAGUGAGUACUCACAACUUCUAGAACUACAAGUUAGACCAAGAGGACAUAGACAAAACAAAGCAAAAAGGUUUGAGUAUCAAAUUGCUGGCGCAGCUAGAUUACAACUUGUGACGUCUAUGAUACGACCAGGACAGAGAGUCCUCCGUCAACCUUAUUUGUGAUCUCCCUAGAAGAUGACUUCUGUCCCUGACUCUGUCACUCUCUCUCUCUCUUUCUCUCUAUCUCUAACCCGGUCUGCGACAGUCGCGACAAUCCCAGUCAAUGCGCCUUGAUCGGUGGUGAUGUGUGGAAGUGCCUGAAACACUACGAUGCGAAGCGUUGCCACUUCUGCGAGGAUGCUGGUGAUUCUCUCCGCUGUGACGUGAGAGGUUGGAAUACCCAUGGUGACUUUUGGGAGCGGGUGCCGAUUUACCCCAGAGACGUCCUCGGCGAGAUGUUCCGAGACGAAUGGCGAGACUUCUACGCACGAGCGUUGCCGGUGAAAUUAUGGCUGGUCGUGGUGGUCGUAAAACUGAAUCUGAAACGGAAAAUAUCAAGCACACACGUUGAAUCUACUUCUACUUUUUGAUCAUGAUCUACAUCUACUACAUGUUCAUGUUCAAGAACAGUUGUUAUACGAUCAUCACUAUCAGUCUCAGCUUCUUAAGCUUGUUCUUUGUACGAUUAAUUUAAUAGAAGCAAAGACUGUUCUUGAACAUUGACUCCAUGUUUAUUUUAAUACGGUUUUCUUUGCCUAGAAACAAGUCUCCUCCUCGUCCUCCUCCCCAAAGAAACCCUAGUACUCUAAUUCCUGUCGAAAUACCAAAGAUGAUAACAAGGAACGUUACGAAUUUCAAGAUGAUGCCAUGGCAUAUGGUGAGGGACGCGCCGCCCAACACUGGGGUAUUCGACCGCUUGACAACAUUGCCAUUUGGCGACGCGAAUUUGACCAAUAUAGGGGUGGGGGUGAGGUAGUUCCUCGGGGGAAGAAAGCUUAGCAUGUGGAUUGUAGGCAUCCUGAACCCAGUUGAAAUGUCAAUCCGUGUUUCUCUCCAAGAGUUUCUUUUGUCUCCACGACCAGAAGAUGACUUACUUCUAGAAGUACUAGCCUAGAGCGACGCGUAGCUCAUUUCCGCACUAGAAUCACCACGCACCAUCACAAACCAAAAAAAAAACAUGCCGGCGCACGUGCAGGCACCGGCCUAGAAUU